GUGUGCGCCCCACCUGCCGCCGGGCCCGCGCCGGGGGGCGGCGAUGGGGGGGUGACGGGUGUGCGUGGCGGCGCACGAGGGUGAGAACCAGGAGGCGGCGGGGCCCUGGGCCGGGCCGCCUGCGGGACCGCGCGGCAGCUCCCCCCGCCGCCGCCUCCCCCUCCGCUGCCGCCGGCCGCCAGCCUCCGCGCCGGGCAUGUCUCGGGAGCCGGAGCGGCCCGGGCCGCGGCUGCUCUGCGGCGCAUGGACGGCGGCGGCGCGGGGCGAACGAGGGGAGCAGAAGGCGCGGGCAGCCGAGGAGGCGGCGAGCUGCGGAGAGCGGCGCCAGAGGCGCGAGGGGACGGCCGGCUGCCCGCCUGGCUCCGGCCCCGCUACUUUCCCGUAGCUCCGCGCGCCCGCAGCGCGGCCGCCGCCCCCGGCCCCGAGCGCCGCGCACGCCCGCCCGCACCCUCUCCCGCCGCCCCACGCACACGCACACCCCCGCCCUCCCACGCCCCCGCCCGGGAGGGGGGAGCGAGGCAAAAAGUAAGAGAGGAAAAAAAAUAGCAGGAAGAUGGCGCCCACCAAGCCCAGCUUUCAGCAGGAUCCUUCCAGGCGAGAACGAAUAACUGCCCAGCAUCCUCUGCCCAACCAGUCAGAAUGUAGGAAAAUCUACAGAUAUGACGGAAUCUACUGUGAAUCUACCUACCAGAACUUACAAGCAUUGAGAAAGGAGAAGUCCCGAGAUGCUGCUCGUUCACGCAGGGGAAAAGAAAACUUUGAGUUUUAUGAAUUGGCCAAACUGUUGCCUCUUCCUGCAGCCAUCACCAGCCAGCUUGACAAGGCAUCUAUCAUUCGACUUACCAUUAGCUAUCUGAAAAUGAGGGACUUUGCUAACCAGGGAGACCCUCCGUGGAACUUGCGAAUGGAAGGCCCUCCACCCAACACAUCAGUAAAAGGGAUACAAAUGUGGAAAUCUGAACUCUGCAUGAGAAAGACACCAUGUGAAGGUGCACAACGAAGGAGAAGCCCCAGUGCAUUGGCCAUUGAAGUAUUUGAAGCACAUUUGGGAAGUCACAUUUUACAGUCCCUGGACGGCUUUGUAUUUGCACUAAAUCAAGAAGGAAAAUUUUUGUAUAUUUCUGAAACAGUCUCCAUCUACCUGGGCCUCUCACAAGUGGAGCUGACUGGCAGCAGCGUCUUUGACUAUGUUCACCCUGGGGACCAUGUGGAAAUGGCAGAGCAGCUGGGCAUGAAGCUUCCACCUGGGCGGGGCCUCCUUUCCCAGGGUACCGCUGAAGAUGGAGCCAGCUCAGCAUCUUCCUCUUCCCAGUCAGAGACCCCAGAACCAGUGGAGUCAACCAGCCCCAGCCUGCUAACCACUGACAACAGCCUUGAACGUUCCUUUUUCAUCCGAAUGAAAUCUACUCUGACCAAACGUGGUGUGCACAUCAAAUCAUCAGGAUACAAGGUGAUUCACAUAACAGGCCGGCUACGACUGAGGGUGUCACUGUCCCACGGGAGGACUGUCCCCAGCCAAAUCAUGGGUCUUGUGGUCGUGGCCCAUGCCUUGCCUCCCCCUACCAUCAAUGAAGUCAGAAUCGACUGCCAUAUGUUCGUCACUCGAGUAAACAUGGACCUCAAUAUCAUUUACUGUGAAAAUAGGAUUAGUGAUUAUAUGGAUCUGACCCCUGUAGACAUUGUAGGGAAGAGAUGCUACCACUUCAUCCAUGCCGAAGAUGUGGAAGGCAUCAGGCACAGUCACUUGGACUUACUGAAUAAGGGCCAGUGUGUGACAAAAUACUACCGUUGGAUGCAGAAGAAUGGAGGAUAUAUCUGGAUACAGUCUAGUGCCACCAUAGCUAUUAAUGCCAAGAAUGCAAAUGAGAAGAAUAUCAUCUGGGUGAAUUAUCUCCUUAGCAACCCCGAGUACAAGGACACACCCAUGGACAUUGCGCAGCUCCCCCACCUGCCCGAGAAGACGUCAGAAUCCUCGGAGACAUCCGACUCUGAAUCAGACUCUAAAGACACCUCAGGUAUUACAGAGGACAACGAGAACUCCAAAUCCGACGAGAAAGGAAACCAGUCGGAGAACAGCGAAGACCCGGAGCCCGACCGCAAGAAGCCCGGCAACGCCGGCGACAACGACAUGAACUGCAACGACGACGGCCACAGCUCCAGCAACCCCGACAGCCGCGACAGCGACGACAGCUUCGAGCACUCGGACCUGGACAGCCCCCGGGCGGCGGAGGGCGGCUUCGGGGCGCUGGGCCCGCUGCAGAUCAAGGUGGAGCGCUACGCCGAGAGCGAGGCGGACCUGCGCCUGCGCGACUGCGAGUCGCUGGCUUCCGACAGCGCCAAGGACUCGGACAGCGCGGGCGAGGCGGGCGCGCAGGCGUCCAGCAAACACCAGAAGCGCCGGAAGCGGCGGAAACGGCAGAAGGGCGGCAGCGCCAGCCGCAGGCGCCUGUCCAGCGCGUCGAGCCCCGGCGGCCUGGACGCCGGCCUGGUGGAGCCGCCGAGGCUGCUGGCCUCCCCGCACAGCGCGUCGGUGCUCAAGAUCAAGACGGAGAUCUCCGAGCCCGUCAACUUCGACAACGACAGCAGCAUCUGGAACUACCCGCCCAACCGCGAGAUCUCCAGGAACGAGUCCCCGUACAGCAUGACCAAGCCCCCCAGCUCCGAGCACUUCCCGUCCCCGCAAGGGGGCGCCGGGCUGCAGGCCGCCAUUCCGGACUCGGUGCUCACCCCGCCCGGCGCCGACGGCGCGGCCGCCCGCAAGACUCAGCUGGGCGGCAGCUCGGCCUUGGCCCCCGGGGCCUCCUCAGACCCGCUGUCGCCGCCGCUGUCCGCGUCCCCGCGGGACAAGCACCCCGGGGGCGGCGGGGGCGGCGGCGCGGCCAACUCCCUGCUGUACCCCGGGGACCUGGAGGCGCUGCAGAGGUUGCAGGCCGGCAACGUGGUGCUGCCGCUGGUGCACAGAGUGACCGGGACCCUGGCGGCCACCAGCACGGCGGCGCAGAGGGUCUACACCACGGGCACCAUCCGCUACGCGCCCGCCGAGGUGACCCUGGCCAUGCAGGGCAACCUGCUGCCCAACGCGCACGCUGUUAACUUCGUGGACGUUAACAGCCCGGGCUUCGGCCUCGACCCCAAGACGCCCAUGGAGAUGCUCUACCACCACGUGCACCGGCUCAACAUGUCGGGACCCUUCGGGGGCGCCGUGAGCGCCGCCAGCCUCACGCAGGUGCCCGGCGGCAACGUGUUCACCACGGCCGAGGGGCUGUUCUCCACGCUGCCCUUCCCGGUCUACAGCAACGGCAUCCACGCCGCCCAGACUCUGGAGCGCAAGGACGACUAGGCCCGGCGGCGCGGCGCGGCGCGGCGCGGCGCGGGCGCCCGCGGGGAGGCAUCAUCCUGGCCUUUUCCUUUAGACCUUUUCAUCCCAGCACUUUGAAUUGCAGCAGGUCAGCGGCUGCCCUCCGCCCGCGCCCGCGCGCGCGCGAGGGGCUUCUCCUCCCUAGACCGCCGCCCACACCCCCACCCCUCUUUCUUUCCCUUGACGUAUGCUUUCUUGUAAAGAUAUGUUUAUUUUUUUGGCCUUCAGAGGGUCGGAUGACCAGUUGCCUGCCAUUUACGUCGUCGUCGUCUUCUUCUUCUUCUUCUUCUUCUUCUUCUUCUUCGAUGUGUGUUGGGUUGUUUCACUUUCUUUGCAUCUUUAUCAAGAUGCCUUUAGUGUGUCUAUGCCUCCGCCAUAGAAUACUCAGUCUUGUGGUCAAGAGAUGUCUCCACUGACAGACAAUUGGGUUUUCUUCAUUACAGAUCUUGAUAUGAUCAAGAUGGAAAGAGACAAGCAUAAACAAUGUGCCCUGUUUGACUAAGUCAAAUGAAAAGGGGUGGGGUUUUGUUUGUUUUUGUUUGUUUGUUUGGGGGUUCUGUUCCUAAUUCCUUUAAAAAAUGGGAUAGUAUUUUAGAAUUUUAUGCAGAAUUUAAUUCUCUUUUUAUGGUUAAGAUUUUAAGAUUUUUUUCUUACUUGCACAUAAAAAUGAUUUGAGUUCUUAAAACUUAAUUUCUGGCCUGUCACUAGAAUGUUUUUUUUUUAAGUUGGACUAAAUGUUAAGUACUGAAACAUUAACUUAAUUUCUAAAACCAUGGUGCUAUCAUUUAUUAAUCUGUAAUGUGUUCAUACAAAAUGCAGCUCCUGGGCUGGGUUUUCGGGGGGAAAAUAUGUUCUGUCUUGGUCUGGAGUCCGUUGCUGCAGUCUCCUUGGUUAGUUAAGACAAAGCCCUCAUUAACGUUUGCUGCAGGACUUAAAAUUUUUUACCUCCCAACUAACAAACAUAGCCUCACAUUAAAUUUAAUGGGUCAGUAAAGCCUUUUUUUUUUUUAAGGGGCUUUUGGAAAAUUCAAUCAACUGAUUUGAGUAGCAGUUUAAGUACAUACUGCCUUUUGAGCUUUUUUUUCUUUUCUUUUUCUCAGUCUAACUGAGGCUAAUUUUUGCAACUUCAAUAACAUUUUGGAGUAAAAUGGAAAAAAAUAAUAACAUGACUUCAUUUGUUUAAAAAAAUAAAGGAAGGUUGUAUUUUUGAGGGACUGAUUUGAUUUGAUGGAAUAUUUUUCCCUUUGGUUCUCUUAUUUCUAGGAUGAAACCAAUAAGAUUUAAAACUAAAGAAUGGGUUAAUAAGUUUCAAACAGAUAACUGCAACUGAAAACUGCACAUUAAGCAAAAAGGAAAAAAAAAACAAAAAAAAAAAAAGAAAAAGAAAAAAAUACUCUAUUCUGUCUUUGUUGCCAGAAAUCAGUGUAGUGUCAAACACUCCAAAUGACUGUCAAGUAUAAAUUCUUCCACUCCAUUUUUGGCAGCUGUUUGUUAAGGCAUCUAAUAACAGAUGUGAGACCUGUAAUGUGUGCAAUGUGUACGUGUCCUUGGCUGUCAGUCCCAUUGCAGUUUCAAUGUGUGUUUCUAUAGGCAGUAUAUACUAAGCUAAUGUAGUUGUUUUGUCCUUUGUCUUCUCUGUGCUCUAUCUCUAGUCCGGAGUGGUACAGUCCCAUUCCUGCAGUCCUAGUGAAUCAGUGAUUCUUGGGGGUUAGUGAUUUUUGUGUGGUGGCCUUCCUCUGUAAUGUCACCCUAUGCUGCUUCUAUUGUCUGUGAACUUUCCGUUUCACUUUUUAAGAUUCCUGCUGUUGCUUUGCUGGUGUAUAUUCUCACUCCUUUCUGGAUUCUCUCCUUUUCUCCUCCCCCCUUGUCCCUUCCUCAUCUUUCCUUCCCCCUUCUCCGAAAUCCUUUUCAUUCUCAGAGAUAAAAAAAAAAAAAAAAAAGACUCUUAACUAGCUCAAGGUUAAUGGAGCCAUUUUUUCCCACAAUGGAAUUCUGGGUAUGACUCUUUCUUCUGGAGUGCCUCACAGAGCACUGAAGAAUAAUGCUCAGAUAUAGUAAAUAAAUUGAUGCCAUAUAGCCUCAGUUGUUAACAUUCCCAGAGUCCCUUGUGCUCUACCUAUAAGCAGUGGGUGCUUUUCUUUGGUUUCCUUCCAGGUUAGCUGAUGGAGCAAUAUAUAUAUACAUACAUAUAUAUAUAUAUAUAUAUAUAUAUAUAUAUAUAUAUACAUAUAUAUAUAUAUAUAUAUAUAUAAAGCAAUUACCCAUGAGACAAAGUUAUUUCAAAGGUUAACCAACUUUUUUUUAGAGCAAGAGGGGAGGGAGUUAAUGGAAUAUAGAAUUGUCAUAUAUAUAUAUUUAUGUGUGCAAUGAUAAUAUAGCAACUCAGCUGUCCUUUGAAUGUCACUGUGUCGAGUGGAUUCCUUUAGGACCUUUGAUUCCAAUGUGUUGGGCCUACCCCACUGUCGAACAAUAAGGAAAAGUUAAAUGACAUACAUUUUAAUAGUGAGCUUACUUGAAGGAUUUAGGUAUGUUUAGAAGAUGAAGAAGGCAAAUCACGAAACUUAAGGAUUAAUUUUGGGAGCUCUAUUCAAGCUAUCGAACAAUCAAAGGAAUGCACCUAUCAGCUACAAAGAACAGCUAGACAGCUGUUUGUUUGUUUUUUUUUUCUUUUAUAAAUGUUUAUGUGUUGUGUCAAAAAUGAUUUCUGGUGAUUUAAACUAACAGAUAAUCUCAGCUGCUGUCUAAAUCCAUAGUGUUUAAAGUUACAAAAUGAAAAAAAAAAAACAUCAUUACCUGUGAAGACUGUGUCUGUGUUUUUAACUAUUUCUUGUACAAAUAUAUGAAAACUUUUAUGAGGAGACUGGUGCCAAGUAGCUGAAUAAUGGGGAAAGGGAUAUUCUGUUUGUUAAAACCUUAGCAGUGUUACCAACUCUACAGUAUAUAUAUAAAAAAAAAUUAAAACGUUACAAAGCGACAGCUAUGGUACAUUUGUUUUGUGUGAAGCUAACCGGACCUAACUUCCUGAGUGCCUGGCUUAUUUUGAAACAUUUCUUUUUUCAUUGACCAUUGAUAAUGCUGCAAAUCAGAAAUGUACAUACUUCAUUUACAACAGGGUUCUUUUUAUACUUUUGUAGAUUCUCAUACAUGUCACAUACAUGGUUGUCUUUAUGUAACUUAAUUUUUCAUCCGCAGGUGCCAUUUUCAUAAUAAACUUCUCUUGAAUUUGU